AUGGGCCAGUGCGCGUCGCAACCCCGCGUCGACGACGGCGCCGUCGUCGACGCGCCCGUCGAUCGCAAGCUCACGCCGAGCGAUUCCGCGGACUCGCUCGCGCGGCCGAACGUCCGCCAGACCCGAGGCGAGGCUUUCUACCACCCGACCAAGACGGCCAAGGCGGCGCCGUUCGCCAAGCCGUCGCCGCUGCCGUCGAACGAGGGCGUCGUCGACGACUACACCCUUCGCCGGGGCGUCGUCCCGCGGCACAUGUACACGUCCAAGGACGUCAACAACCCCGCCAUCCCCCCGGUGCACCCCGACCACAGGCUCACCAAGGAGGAAGCGGAGGCACACCCGCUGGGACGGUUCCUAAACGCCUCGCGCCUAGUGAAACCACCUCCGAACCGGUGGGGCCCGUGGGAAGACAACGCCAUGGUCAAGGAGGUGGACAAGAGAAUCGCCGAGCUCGAGGCGGCGGACCCGCAGCGACAGUUGUACGAGAAGCUCAUGGCGGAGCGGUUCGAGGCGCUCAAGGCGCUGCCGCAGCGGCCGAUAGACCCGGAGACGGGCGAGAUAAAUUUCGACGUCGACCCCACGGCGGAGGACCCGACAUUCGACGAGCCGGUCCCGACGGCGCCGCGGGCGCUGUCGAGCGCGAUGGAGCGCGCGCUGAUGGAGUGCGACGACAAGUGGGCGGAUAAGGCGGAGAUCGCGGAGAUGCUUCACCCGGACAUCGUGUACAGGACCAUGGACGGGAAGACGUGGAACGGCCGGCGCGCGGCGACGGACAAGAUGAACCACUCAAUCGCGCAGAUGACGGUUCGCAUGAAGCGCAGCGCGAAGAAGAGCUGGGACAUCGUGAAGUGGCGGGACACGUGGGUGGCGACGGAGCCCGAGCGCAAGGCGCCCGGGGUGUGGGUCAUGGAGUUUCGGAUCAAGCUGCUCCUCAUGAGCAUCAAAUUCAGGGAGGAGUACGUGGUCGACGACCGCGGGAGGAUCCUCGAGCUGACCCGAGUGAGGCUGUCGUGA